AUGCUGCAGCCAGGGCGCAGGCAGCUGCGCGUCAUGCUGGCAAGGGCUGCUGCCGCGACCAACGGGUCAGGGGCGAAUCACAACCCUCUCACGGGCCUCUCUGCCUGGUGGCGCCAGGUCACAAACACACGCGGCAAAUCUGCGUCAGACGGGGUGCGCGGACUGGCCACCAGGCUGCAGGCUCGGGCGAAGAGCAUCAAGUGGUCCAUGCCGGUGGACGUGAAGGUGGACGUCCUGCGACCCCUUGCCUCAGCAGUUCAGGACACCACGACAGCGGUCUGGGUGCGGCUCCCCCCUCCCGCCCAGCAAGCAGCUCCCUACCUGGGAGUGGCCCUUGGGACGACGAUAAUUUGGAAGGCACUGCACCGAAGAGACACCUAUAUGCAGGAUGCCGGGCAUGACAGGAGCAAGGCGGAGGCACGGCUGGCCAGCGCAGUGGCCCAGGCGACGACCGCGGCCGCAGCAGCAGCCACCGCGGCGGCCAGCGCUGCAGGGGACGUGGAGCACCUGCGGCAACAGGAACGCCAGGCAGCGCAGCAGAGGGAGCCGGCCCCCACUCCGGCCAGCGUCUCGCCAUGGAGCAAGAAGGGAAGGAAUCGAUUGAAGCAGGUGGUGCAGCAGGUCCAGCAAUCGUCCUCCGGGCCCCAGCUCCCUCCUGUGCCGGGCCUCCUGGGCCCCGACGAGGUGAGGCGGCAGCUGGACCUGGCCGAGGCGGAGAUCGGCGACCUGGAUGAGGACACCUUCAUGCAGCUGGUGGGCGCCUGCGGCAUGCCGGAGACCUGGCGCCCGCAGGUGGGCCUCCUGUACGGCCUGGGCAUCCGGGCAGCGGGCCUGCGCCGCAUCGUGCAGGGCCGGCCCGCCACCUUCAAGCUGCGCGUGGCGACGCUGAAACGCAAGCUGGCCUUCCUCAGGGACGAGGUCGGGCUGAGCGACGAGGACCUGUGCGCCGUCAUCCCGCGCUUCCCCCGCCUGCUGGAGUAUGACCCGGAGGCCACGCUGCGCCCGCGCCUCGCCUUCCUGCUGGCCUCCGGCGUGCGCCGCGCCGACCUGGCCCGCGUCGUCCGCCGCUCGCCCAUGCUGCUGGAGCUGUCGGCGGGGGGCACGCUGGCCCCACGCGCCGCUUUCCUCUCCCGCGAGUUGGGCCUGGGCGGGGACGGCCCCGCCCUGGGCGCGCUGAUCACGCGCCACCCGCAGCUGCUGACCUGCGUGGAGGCGGGCAUGGCCGCGCGCCUCGCCUUCCUGCGCGACGACGUGGGGCUGGGCGAGGGCGCGCUGGCGCGCACCGUGCGGGCGCACCCCCAGCUCUUGCACUACCGCGUGGACAGCAUGGCCGCCCGCAUCGCCUUCCUGCGGCGCACCGUGGGCCUGGACCGGGCCCAGGCCGCGGGCGUGGUGGCGCGCCUGCCCCAGCUCCUGUCCCUCUCCGUCGCCGCCAACCUGGAGCCCAAGUGGCGCUACCUGCGCGCCGAGCUAGGGGGUGACGCGGGGUCGGUGGUCACCCACCCAGGCUACCUCAGCCUCAGCCUGGCAGGACGGAUCAUCCCGCGCCACCAGUUCCUGCUGACGCGGGGGCGGUGGGUGUCCCCCCUGCCCAUGAACACGCUCAAGUGCGCCGACGCGCAGUUUGUGGGGGGCAUCCCCGGCGCGACCAUGGAGGAGUACGUGGCCUUCCGGGCCGGCCUGGCCGCGUCGGGCGCGCUGGCGGCUGUGCUGGGCGGCGAGGCGGCGGGGGCGCACCCCACGCCGGCCAGGCAGACCCAGCGAGCCUGA